AUGUCUUUAGAAGGAGCCGAGAAAUAUAAAAACUGGAGUAAAGAAGAAUUGAUUGCAAGGUUAUUAAGUUAUGAAAACCAGCAAAAAGAAAUAAACUUUCUCAGCAAAAGCUCAACAGAAUUUCAUUCAGCAACCGAUACAAAUAUUACUUCAGUCACGGAAACGAAACCUAAAAAAAUCAGGAAGAAAGAAUCUCGACCUUUUGAUAUUACUAAAUAUUCCCAGCGUCACAUCGCUUUGAAAGUAGCAUAUUUAGGUUUUAAUUAUUCUGGUUUCGCUGCACAAAAUGACGACCUGAGUAUACAAACUGUCGAAGGACAACUGUUUGAGGUUCUCAAGGCAACGAGACUAAUAUCUAGUCCAAAAGAAUGUAAUUUCUCGCGUUGUGGUAGAACUGAUAAAGGAGUAAGUGGAAUGGGACAAGUGGUUGCAUUAGAUGUUCGUUCAAAUAUUCCAUUAUCCACCGAAGAUUCCUCUAAACCAAAUUUUUCUCAAGAUGAUAAAAAUAUUAAAUCUUUAGAAGAUCAAGAAGCUUCACAAAAAGGGAAUCAGUUCAAAAGGAAAACGAACGAAUCAAUAGAAGAAUUACCUUACAUAGAAACGUUGAAUCGCUCGCUUCCCGAUGAUAUUCGUGUAAUAGCUUGGGCUCCUGUUCCUUCAACUUUUAAUGCGAGAUUUAAUUGUAUAUCGCGCGAAUAUAAAUAUUACUUUGCUAAAGGGAAUUUGAAUAUUGAACUUAUGAGAGAGGCAGCCAAUAAAUUUCUUGGACAACAUGAUUUCCGUAAUUUCUGCAAAAUUGAUCCAGCCAAACAAAUCACGAAUUUCGAAAGAACAAUACUCAGUAUCACUAUUCAACCAGUUAUUCAACAAGAGCAACAGUCAGAAAUGCGAGACUUUUAUGAAGUUAGCUUACGUGGAACAGCGUUUCUAUGGCAUCAAGUUCGUUGCAUGAUGGCAAUCCUUUUCUUGGUGGGACAGCAAUUGGAAAGACCGUCAAUUAUUGAUGAAUUGCUUAACGUGGAGAAAUAUUCAGCAAAACCUGUGUAUGAGAUGGCAAAUGAUAUACCUUUAGUCUUUUACGACUGCCAAUUUAAUCAGAAUAUUGAAUGGAAAUAUUCUCGAGAUGAUGACUUGGAGUUCAAAACGCCAUCAAGAUUAUUCAAGCAUUUUCACGAGCAAUGGUAUAGUCAAAGGAUUAAAUCACUAAUAAUUGAAAAUUUUCUUGAUGAUAUCGGAAAACUAA